AUGCUUAGUAUAAGGAGGUUUAAAUCCUUUAUUCCUACUUGUCCUUCCCCAAGUUAUGAUACUGGCUGCACAUACUGUGAAACUCCCAAGUUUCCAGCUAAUAAGCAGAUAGAUUUUGAGAAGAAUUUGAACAAUACGAAGGCGUUGCCAUGGAAGCAUUUAAUCAGCUUGACUCAUGGAGCUAAAGAUAUGGAAACAAUGCCUUCCAAAAUUGAAUUAGUACCGGGGUCUUUGAAUGAACGUCUCAAUCUGUUGAGACUGCAGUUCAGUCCUCACCACCCCAUCAUGAUAUCUAAUAUGAUCUUUAAUAAUCAAGAUGAAUUUCUUAAUCGAUAUAAAGUGACGGGACAGGAGCAAUUGGUGAUGUUGAUACCAGACUACAAGAUUGUUAAAUUUAAUAUUGAUAACACUGCUGGCUUUAUCCAAAGGUAUUUGAUACCGAAAGAAGGAAUAAGACAAAUUUACAAUCCCUUCAAAAGGAAAGAAAGUGUGGCCCAAAUUGAGAAAGAGAUAGCUGACGAUCCGAAUGCCUUUGAGGAGCACGCCAUGGAACGAGAUAUGAUAGCAAUAUGCGGUCAUUUCCAACGAGAUAUCAGAUGUGGCGAGCUAGCUCCAUUGAUAAACGAAGAAUUGAUACGGGUCAUAGACCGUAAUCAGCUUGACAUUGAUGUUGGUCUUAUCAGCCACAUAGGUGGCCACGCUUAUGCCGGAAACUUGAUCUAUUUUCCAUUGGGCGAGGACUCAAUUUGGUAUGGACGAGUUUUCCCUAACAAGGUUCAAGGCAUUAUCAAUGAAACGGUAAAACGUAAAAGAAUAAUUAAAGAUAUGUAUAGGGGAAACGUAGCCGAGAACACAUAG